AUGGAAGCUUUGUCAACUACACCACAGAAAACGGAUUGAGGUAAUUUUCGAGAAGACUUAUAUCCACGUAUAUUAGUCCGCAGCGAUUAGUUUCAAGCACUCUCUGCGACAGACACCUUGAUUUUUAUCUAGUGGACAAUUGUCCAGUGCGAAAACCAAGCGAAAAUUAAAAAAAAAGAAACGGAGAGACGCAGCUCAUAAACGCUGUAAGUCGAAUGUGAAACCCACACAUGCAACUCAGCUCGAGCUUUGCGUGAUCUCCGUGACGUCCUGGGAUUCUAGUGCAUGUCAGGUGGCAGGCUUAGCAGCAGCUUUAGGCAGGAAUCCAUUUAUCGCUAUUGAACUAGAGCGCAGCAACAACAGCAGAAGAUUACUUUGAUUACUGAGCGAGCGCCAGGAGAGCCCAGUCCCCGCGCCGUAGCGGAGAGCUCUACUCGUCUACAUGGCCAUGGGCGAUCACCUGGAAAACAAAGCUGAAAUGAUGAAGAUGUUUCAGAGGUGGGCCUCACAGAAUUACGGGGAUUCAGGGAAAACUAAGACAGUCACCAGAAAAAAGUAUGAAAGAAUUGUCAGAAUCUUAACGGGAGAAGAGCAGCCAAGCUCUGAAAACUCUAAAUUCCGUUUUUGGGUAAAGGCGAAAGGAUUUCAGCUGGGCUCCCGGGAAGAGGGCGCAGAGGAUGAAGAGGAUAGGGUGCUCCACGUUCCAACCAAAAAUGUGACAAGCAGUGACGUGCCAGACGGAGACAAGGAGUACCGUCGUGUGGCCGUGGUAGAAGAUUUCUUUGAUAUCAUUUAUAAUAUUCAUGUGGACAUGGAAGGCAGAGGUGGAAAGCAUGCGGGGCAGAAGAGAACGUACAGAGCGAUCGCCGAAACCUACGCAUUUCUUCCCCGUGAAGCCGUAACUCAUUUCUUGAUGGCCUGUUCUGAUUGUCAGAAGAGGAUGCACCUGGGGGAAAGUAACAACAAUAACAACACUCUGACGUCUGACCUGCCCGUCAUCGACUUCAGUCUACCCAUCACGACCACCUACUUAAAUCAUAUGCGAGGAAAGGGCUAUACCAAAGAAGACAUCCUGUACAGGGAUCACGAGGACAGCAUGACCAGUGGCGAUAGUGACAUGAGUCGAAGCCAGUCCCCGGCCAUUGAAGACUCGCCAAGUCCAAGGCCUUCAGAAAUCAAGCAAGGAGUGGAAUCUUCAAAAAACAGUCGCGCAGCAAGCCCUGUUUUAAGCACGAGUAUGCCUUCUGCAGCCCAUGUCAGCGCAGCCACGGCGAGCGCAGAAACCGACGAACAACCUCUAAACAUGACUAACAAAUCCGCAUCCAACGGAAGCGUGAAAACAGAAGAGAAAGCACACCCGGAGAGGAAAAGGCGUGCCAGUGAUGAAAUUAGCCUAGAUAGUUCGUCUCGGAUAGCAGAGAUGGAGGGAGCGGAGGAUAUGUCGGGGUCAAAAGAUGACGACGACGAUGAUGAUAACGACGACGAUGAAAGACCAGCACCAGAUAUAGACCCAGAGAGACUCAAAUCCUUCAAUAUGUUUGUUCGCCUUUUUGUGGAUGAAAAUCUUGACCGAAUGGUGCCUAUAUCCAAACAACCUAAGGACAAAAUUCAGGCUAUUUUGGAGGCUUGCGACCGCCAGUUCCCAGAAUUCCACGAGCGGUCUCGCAAGCGCGUCAGAACCUACCUCAAAUCCUGCAGACGGAUGCGGCGUUCCAAGGAAAACGGUUGGGAACCGCUGCGCCCGACACCGCCACACUUGACCUCCGCCGCCGCUGAGAGCCUCCUGGCCCAGGCCUGUGAAAAUGAGAGCAAUAAUGCUAAGAGAAUGAGGAUGGGACUGGAACCGCUACCGGCUAGCGCAAUGAAUGCUCUGCAGCCCCCCGUAUCAGCACCUCAAGCAACAGUGACCACACCACAGCCGCCACCGCCUCCCCAGCCACAGCCACCACAAUUAGAGCGACAACCUCAGCUCAGCACAGCCGACUUUCUCCGCCACUCGCCGCUGGCAGGAUUUAGACCACCUCACGAACUUCCUCAGCCGUUUUUCGCCAAUGGCAAUGGCCUGUUUCGCCCAGCGUUCCCCCCUGCCUACCAACACCCCGCCCACCACCAUCCGCCCGUUAUCCAACACCCACAACUUGCCAACUCGGUGCAAAACGGUAAGGGACCAACAGACCUUAGCAUGAAGAAGGGAAGUUCUCGAAAAAGUCAGCUGAAUCCAAGUGAAGUGGCAACUAUCAAGUCACUGAUAGCCGGCUACAGGGAAUCUGCCGCCUUCUUGUAUCGUUCUGCAGAUGAACUUGAGCAAUUGUUAUUGCAACAAAACUGAGAUGGCGUUUUACCCCAGCCAGCUAGAAGCUGGCUGACAGGCAAUUCCAAACAAGUGCUUUCAAGUUCACGGAAACACAAGCAGAAAACAUGACGUCAUUCCAUAAUAUUCAACUAGACCUAGUGCUCGUUGUAACAGUGAAUAUGAUGAAGGUUUAUAUGUGAAAUUAUCAAAGUGAUUGGCGAAGUCAUUUGAAUGUUCUAUCAGAAAGUAAAGGCGUUGAGGUGGAAAAGCAUAGGCAAGUUUCUAUAGGUAGAUUAUACGUUGUAGGCGCACACUUGUGGUUCGUGGAUGCAAGACUGCUCCCUGAUGUAACCUUGUUUGCUCGUUUAUUUAGUCAGCAAAAUAUGGUGCUCUUUUUAUUUUCGCGACAUACGCGUGAUGUCUCAAGACUGGGUGGUGGAUAUAUGAAAGGUAAAGCACAGAACAAUCAAGAUAUUAUUUUUUUGCAGAUAAUUAAGCCGAACUGUCUACUUUUAUAUAUAUACAUAUACACAUAUAAAUAUAUAUAUUUGCAUGUUAAUUUCGUACGAAUAAUUGAACAUUGGUGCAAUAACUACGUUUUAAGUCAGUAGCAUUUGCUCGAAGAUGCAAAAAAGUAAAAGAAAAAAGCACCAGCUAAAUAUGAUAUUGUGUGAACGACAAAGAAACGUUCCUAAUAUAAGGUGGUGAAAAUCCUUUACAAAGUAGAUAUAUAGGUAUCAAUAUUUAAAGUAAUCUUUUUCUUGUGUUUAUUCAGUACUGUGAAACAGUUGUUGUUGUUGUUGUUAUUGUUGUAAGUUAUUCAACUUAUUUAUUGAAGCGCCAGUGCACUGAGUGCAGCCGAGCAGGCCGGAGUUACACUGAUGACGGUGCCAAGUCAAAUUAGACUUCUUUAUCUCUUUUCUUUGAUAUAUCUCUUAACUAUGCGUUCACCACCGGUGGGAAUAGGUAGACAGUGGGUUUAAGAUUAUAAUACUGUUUCUAAGAAAAAGAUGGAAACUAUUUUUGUGUAAAUUGCUCACUGUGUCCCAUGCUCCCGUGACAGCUACGUUUAACCGGGUUAUUAGGCCUACAUCUCAUUGCGAGCUAUAUUUUUGUCACUUGCUCGUUUUGUUUUGAUUCUCAGAUGGAGAGAUUGGACGUAUUUGGUAUUAACAUUAUAACAUCCAUGGUGCAUGGCAUUAUUUAUUUAUUUGUUGAUGUUGUUUAGUUUUUUGUAUUUGAUAUAAUAUUUAUUGGGUGUUCUGGUGCAUACCAUACAUUCCGCUCAAAUAUUGCCUUUAUGUAACUUUCAGUAUUUGUAACUUUUAUUUCCAUUCCUUAUGGGGCAGAUGCCACUUUUUUCAGGGUUAUUGUGUUUACAUAGUGUAUUACUUUAUUUCAUGUAUAUUUUCUUUCUUCAUAAAGAGGGUUGUGGCUCCCCUUCCCAAAGAUGAUAAUGUUUUUGCGGGGAUUAAAAUAAUAUCAGCUGAACAACAAACUGUUCAUACAGUGGGUUUUUCAAUAAGAAAUUGAUUCCACGUAAAUAUUUUGUGGCGUUGAGCUAUUCUACACUAAGCAUUAGGCUGAAGAUUUGGCAGUGUUAAUAACUUAAUAUGAAAUAAGAAAAACUGUUCACGGUUUUUGAUUUUGGCCAAAAACUGCUUUAUAGAUAUAUUAUACGUCUCUCAAACGUUGUCUUAAAAUUAACUGCAACUUAAUAUGCAAAAGCCAUUGAUAUUUUGAAAAAGGAUAAUUUCAAAGUGACUAAUAACUAGUCGUUUUUACUCUAUGAUUAUCUUUAAGAGAAACAGUCAUGUGAAAGCUGCUGUUGCACUCCAGUACCCCCCUUCCCCAAGUUAUUGUCUCCCCGAAUACUGUAAUAA